AUGGAUGUUUUAAUUGUUAAUAUUCUUGUUUAGAAGGAUGCUCAAAUUGUAUUAAAGGAAUUUGCUUUGAAUGUCAUAAUAGAUGGUUCUUUGAUUCUAAAAUUAAUUCAUGUAAUUUUAUUGUUGAUGAUGAGAAAUAUUCAAUCUGGGAAGAAUUUGAUGAUCUUUUAGAUUUUGAAAUUUGCAAAAAUGGCAAAUUCAUUGUUCCAUCAAAUUGCUUAUCCUAUUAAUUUGGUAUUUGUCAGUAAUGUGAAUUAAAUUAUGAAUUAAUCAAUAACAAAUGCGAAUCUGUGUGCUAAAACUUAUCAAUUGUACAUGAGAAAUAAUGUGUAGAUAAUGAUUUAUAUGCAUUUGAUGGAUGUCAUUAAUGUACUUAUGAUUUAGAAGAAGGUUGUAAAAUAUAAUAUAAUAGAAUUUGUAAAUAAUGUUAAGGUGGAUGGAAACAAGAUAAAAUAAACAGUUAAUUGUACUCCUAUAUGUGGAGAUCUUAUUGUUGAAGGACAUGAAGAAUGUGAUAUUAGUGAAUAAAUAUAAAAUUCUUUUGGAUGUAAUUAAUGUUAUUUUCAUUGUUAACAUGAAUGUAUAGAUUGUUAAUUUGGAAUUUGUUAUGAUUGUAAAUCAGGAUGGAAAUUAAAGAAUUAAUAAUGUGAAUUUGAAUCUGAAUGUGGUGACAAUCAAAUAUCAGGAAUAGAAGAAUGUGAUGAUAUGAAGUAAAAUAGAUUUGAUGGUUGUCAUAAAUUUAUAAAUAAUUGUUAAAGAGAAUGUUCCUAUUGUUAAAAAGGAAUAUGUUUGGAUUGUAUUUAUGGUUGGCAUUUAAAUGAUUAUUUUUAAUGUGAAUCUGAAUGUGGCGAUUCUUAAGUUACUUUAAUCUCAUAUGAAGAAUGUGAUGAUUCUAAUAAUUUAUAAUUAGAUGGAUGUUACAAAUGUAAAUUUGAAUGUUGUCGUUAUUGUACAGCUUGUAUCUAUGGAAUUUGUUAUGAUUGCUAAUAAACAUUUACAUUGAUUGAUUAGCUGUGCCUUCCUAUUUGUGGAGAUGGAUUAAUUACCAUUGGUUAUAAAGAAUGUGAUGAUAUGAAUGACACACCUUAUGAUGGUUGCUAUUAUUGCAAUUAUUAAUGUAGAUAAUUCUGUAAAUUAUGUAUUAAAGGAAUAUGUUAUGAUUAAUGUGAAUAUGGAUAUUAUGCAGUAGAUAAUAAUAUAUGUAAUCCUAUUUGUGGAGAUGGAAUUACCAUGGAAGGAGAAGAUUGUGAUGAUUUAAAUGAUGAUAAAAGUGAUGGAUGUUUUAAUUGUUUUUCUUAUUGUCCAGAUCAUUGUAAAAUAUGUGCGGAAGGAAAAUGUAAAGAAUGCGAAUAAGGAUAUGAAUUAAAUUCAAAUCAAAAUCAAUGUGUAGCAUUCUGUGGUGAUGGUUUAGUCUCAAUAGAAGAAGAAUGUGAUGAUAUGAAUAAAUAAGAUGGGGAUGGUUACUCUUAAUAAUGCACAAUAGAGUUUAAUUAUAUUUGCAGGAACUACUUAUAUUCAUAUACUUAAUGUACUUAUGCGAAGUAUCCUAAAUUUUAAGCUUCAUUAAAAAAUAUUUUGACCAAGAAGAUAAAAUUAUGA